UCCCCUCUCCCUGGCGAAAAGUCCCGGGACAGACUGCGAGCUCUCAGUGCAGGAGCUGGAGCUCUGGCGAGCAGCAGGGAGAGACGGAGACGGAGAGAGAGAGAGACAGAGAGAGACAGAGAGACGGAGCGAGAGACAGAGAGAGACAGAGAGACGGAGCGAGAGACAGAGAGAGACAGAGCGACGGAGCGAGAGACAGAGAGAGACAGAGCAGAACAAAGGGAGUGUGCAGAAGGCAGCGGAGAAAGAGCGAAGGAGUGAAGAGAGAGCCCCAGGGAGAGGGAGGAGGUGAGGUCCGGGGAAGAGCAGAGAGAAGAGCCGGGGGAGCGGGCCCCGGGGCGGAGAUGGGGCCGCUGUGGCGCUCCUGCCUGCUGGCGUCCCUGCUGUGGCUGGCCGGCGCCGGCCAGGCCCAGGACCUCGGGGAGCGGGACGCCCUGUGUCGGCCGGGGGGCUGCUACGCCGUCUACUUCCAGCGCAAGACCUUCCUGGACGCCUGGAGGAGCUGCAGGGACCGGGGCGGCAACCUGGCCACCGUGAAGCGGCCCGAGGAGGCGGCGCUGAUCCACGAGCUCUUCUCGGGCCUGGAGCCCCGCGCGGCCGCCCGGGCCCGGGCCCGCAUCUGGAUCGGGCUCCAGCGCCAGCCACGCCAGUGCUCGGCCACCCGGCCCCUGCGCGGCUUCACCUGGAUCACGGGCGACCAGGACACCCAGUACACCCACUGGCUGCGCGAGGACUCGCCCAGCACCUGCGCCGCGCCCCGCUGCGUGGUCAUGACCCACAGCCAGGACCCCCGAGACCGCCAGGACAACCUCAAGUGGCAGGACGGCUCGUGCACGCUGCCCGUGGACGGCUACCUGUGCCGCUACGCCUACAGGGGCAUGUGCCCGCCCCUGGAGAGCGAGGGGGGCGGCCCCGUGCUCUACUCCACCCCCUUCCACCUGGUCAGCGCCCUGCUGAGCCACGUGCCCUUCGGCUCGGUGGCCAGCGUGCCCUGCCCGGAGGGCACCAGGGGGGACCAGUCGGCCCUGUGCCUGCAGCGGGAGGACGGGGGCACGGGCUGGAGCAGGGAGGCGCCCUUCUGCUCCGACGCCCCCCGGGACUGGUGCCGGCGCGACAACGGCGGCUGCCAGCACCUCUGCCGGGCCGCGGACGCCCACUACUACUGCGAGUGCCUGGAGGGCUACGAGCUGGGCGCCGACGGGCAGAGCUGCGGGCCGGCGGACGCCUGCCGGGGGGACCCCUGCGAGUUCGAGUGCCACGCCGCCGGCGGGGGCUUCCUCUGCGCCUGCCCCGAGGGGUACCUUUUCGGCUGGGCCCCCGAGCUCCCCGGCUGGCCCACGGACACCCCACCUCUGGACUGGCCCACAGACACCCCACCUCCUGAGUGGCCCACUGACACCCCGCACCCUGACCUGCCCACAGACACCCCACUUCUGGACUGGCCCACAGACACCCCACCUCUGGACUGGCCCACAGACACCCCGCACCCCGACCUGCCCACUGACACCCCACUUCUGGACUGGCCCACAGACACCCCACCCCCCCACUGGCCCACAGACACCCCACACCCCGACCUGCCCACUGACACCCCACUUCUGGACUGGCCCACAGACACCCCAGCUCUGGACUGGCCCACAGACACCCCACACCCCGACCGGCCCACAGACACCCCACCCCCCCACUGGCCCACAGACACCCCACCUCUGGACUGGCCCACAGACACCCCAGCUCUGGACUGGCUGACCUACCAGCCCGGCCUGGUGUGGGUACCCCCUGAUUUCGGCUGGGAGACCGACACGCCCCCCGAGGGGCUGACCACGACCCACCCGGAGAAUCGGGGUCGCCCCACCUCCGGACGGGCGGCCCCCCCUGACCCCACGCCCGACCGGUGGCGAACGGGAAGGAUAGGGGAGGUCCCGCCCUCCACGCCCCCCGCGGCCGCCUCCGAGCACCAGGGCGCCCCCUCUCCAGGCACCCCAGGGGCCACGGCGGCGGCGGCGGGUUCGGGGGGCAGAGCCUCACCCGAAGACGAAGAGGGGGGCACCUCCGGCUGGCACAGCCCUCCCUCCCCCCCUUCGACAGCCGGCCCCCCCGGCACCCCUACACCCCCCGCGCCGGGCAGCGAGGCGCCCCCCGGCGGCACCUCCAGGCAGCGCCGGGACAACAGCUGGCUGCUGGUGGCCCUGCUGGUGCCCCUGUCCAUCUUCGUGGUGGUGAUGGUGGCGCUGGGCAUCGUGUACUGCACCCGCUGCGCCGUGCGCCCGCGCAGCAAGAGCGUGGCCGACUGCUACCGCUGGAUCACCAGCUCCGCCGGCAAGCAGGGCGUCUAGGCCGCCGCCCCCGGCACCCCGGCCCGCCCCGGGACCCCGGGACACCGCGAGAGCGCUUGCUGGGGGGGGGGGACCCGCACUGCGAGCCGGGCCGCACCCAGAACCGAACUAUCCGGGCGCGCAGUCCCCUCGCCCCUUCAGCCGCCGACCGAUCACCCACAGAGACGCUCUGAGACAGCACCCCGCCGGGCUCGGAUCGGAUCGGACCGGACCGGACCGGAGGGGCUGCGCUAUUCCUCUGCAGGAGGCCGAAGACGGGCCGUGGGAAUGGUGUGUGUGUGUGUGUGGAGCUGGAGGGGGGAAGGGGGGGUCUACAUUUCUGUCCCUGGUGCUGUUUAUUUUUUCUUUCAAACUGCGCCGGUGGGGGGGGAGUCCUCUCUCUCUCUCUCUCAUUAUUUUUUUUCCCCUCAGCUGCCGCUGAAACAGCUCGGCUCAGUCGCGAAAAUGGAAAAUGAAAGAAAAAAGAAAGUCUUCUCCGGCGCUGACACGUCCCAAAACAACCUCCGAGAGGCCGUUUUUAGACACACUGUGUAUGUAUCAUCUAGGAAUGUUGUGCUUUAUAGAGCCUUAUAGAAAAGUCGGGAAUAUUCGGUAAUCCCUUCCCCCCUAAACGGCUCGGGAUUUGCGAGCUCUUGAACCGCUUCGCCGGACUGUCAGGGUCUGCUGAAGCGAUCCCGCUGGCGUGUCGUUUCACAUCCGGAAAUUUGCGCCCUGGAUGCCCACCGGGGGUACCGGGGCACCAGAAUCGCCUGGCGCCCCCCCUCACCGUCCCCGACACCAGCCCGCUGGCGGACGUCUCGCCCCCGGCCUGGCCGCUCCAGCAGGCGGUGAGAUCAUCGCGCUGGAACGACUCGGCCCGCCGGCGGCGCGUCCCCGCUCCCCGGGCGGCGAUGACGAGCAGGACGGGGUGCGCGCAUCGCAGCCAGCCAGCGCGCCGCCCGCCGCUGGGGUAGAGCGCACGCCAGUGUACCUGGUGAGUGAUAGGCUGAAAUGUCUGCAUAUCCCUAUAUAUACACGAGUGUGUGAGUUUCUGUACGUGUGUUCUUUAUCCCUCGGUCCCAGUGGACUUUCAAUGGACAAAUACAGGAGUAUGUAUAUAUUGCAUUUUGGGGACACAUCAGAAAUGUCCACUUCUUUUCCAAUGACAUAUUACUCAUCGAUGCGCCUGCACGUCCUCGGAAUCCAGUGUGGAGUAACAGCUUGGGGGUGAGGGGACCCCCGGUGCAGCACCCCCAGGCCGCAACCAGCCCCCCUCAACCGAGGUCGCCACCCCCCCCUCAGUUAUUAACCGUCCUGCUUGGGGAUGACGUCACAAGCCGGUCCGGCACCCAGAAGGGCCUGAGGACGAAGGGGUGAGCCUUUCCAGCCCACCCUACAGCUUUCACUGGGGAGCCUGAAGCAAGGGCGCCCCCUGGCCGCUCGGAGUGAGAACUGCAGCCGGGCGAUCUGCCUGCUUUUCCUCCAGCACGGACUCAGACGAAGGGAAAGAGACUCUAGUCGCCCGUGUGUCUGUGGACUCUUGCUGAAACCCGACCUGGGUUGGCCGCCGAUUCCCCCCUGUCACUGUAUCUGAAAAUGUGGGCUUGUAAAUUAAACGGGUUUAUAACGGGUCUUACUGUCCUGGUCUCGCCGCUGGGUCGGUGUCGGGGUUUUUUAAGAACCGUUGCAGUCGGGAAACUGCGAAAGAGAGGUCUCGCCCG